AUGGCAAGCUCCCGGAGGUCAGAGCCUCUUUCUGCUCAGGAAGCGUAUCCCCAGAACUUAGCACAGCCCCGGCAUGUCCUAGGCGCUCGGGCGGUGUUUCUUGGGUCGGGCAAUGGAGGGGGGAUCCGGAGUAGCUCGGGACAGAGCCGCUUCUGUGGCGUGAGGGACCCGGGCCGAUUCUCCCACCACUUCCCUCGAGACCAGCCCAGAAGGCACGUGUCUCCUUCACGGACCCCAAUGUCCUCCCCAGGCAAGCACGGAGACCGCUUCAUCCCGUCCCGAAGCGCGGCCAACUGGGACCUGAAAUUCCACAGGACACAAGACUCGGAGAAAUCCCUGAAGGAGAAGCGGCCAUCCAGAAAGGCCACGUGGGGCAGCAGCCCAGUCUACUCUGCCUUACUGAGUAAUGAGCUGCUGGGGGCUGGCAUCGAGAGAGUCCACGACGCCAAGGGAAGGGGGCAAAGGCUUCCCCAGCCUCGCAGCCCGGAGAAGGAGAAUCUCUUUGUGUACAGCCCCAGCACGGAGGGCUGGAGACGCGACGAGGCCGGCGCGGCCCCCCCUUACGGCGUGUCGCCCGUCAGCAGCAAAAGCCGGGCCUUGCUGGCGUCGCAAAAGAAAACCCCGCAGAGUAUCCCCGCGAAGCCUUUCAAAAUCCUCGAGGCCCCGGAGCUGCGGGAUAACUUCUGCCUGAACCUACUAGACUGGUCUUCCCUCAACAUCAUCUCCGUGGGCCUGGGUACUUCUGUCUUCCUGUGGCACGCCGCCACGUGCCAGGUGAUGAGGGUGUGCGACCUGGCGGUGGGGGGAGACUCCGUGACCUCGGUGUGCUGGUCCCAGCAGGGCAGCUUGCUAGCAGUGGGCACGCAGAAAGGGUUCGUGCAGGUCUGGGACGUGGUAGCCGAGAGGCUGGUGUGCGUGCUGGACAAGCACGGCUCCAGAGUCAGCGUGCUGGCCUGGAACGCGGACCAGAUUUCUUCUGGGAGCCGCGACAAGCUGAUCCUCCAGAGGGACCUCCGCACCCGGGCCAUGCAGUCUCGGCGCUGCCUCCAAGGCCACAGCGGGGAGGUGUGUGGCCUCAAGUGGUCUACGAAUCACAGGCUGCUGGCCUCCAGCGGAAAGGACAACACGGUCGUGCUCUGGACACCCGCCAGUCCGAAGCCUGUGCAGCAGCACACCGGCCACAGGGCGGCCGUGAAGGCCAUCGCCUGGUCUCCCCACCAGCACGGCCUCCUGGCGUCCGGCGGCUCCCAGGCCGACCGCGCCAUCCUUUUCUGGAACACGCUGACCAAUCAGACCCUCCAGAGCAUCCAUACCGGUUCCCAGGUGUGCAACCUGGCCUGGUCCAGACACAGCAACGAGCUGGUCAGCACCCACGGCGCCCCGGAAAACCAAAUCGUCAUCUGGAAAUACCCCUCCCUGACCCAAGCCAACCAGCUCACGGGCCACGCCUGCCGAGUCUCGCAUCUGACGAUGUCUCCCGAUGGACAGGUCAUAGCUACGGGGGCCUCGGACGAGACUCUCAGACUCUGGAAGGUUUUCAACAAGACCCAUCCGUCCAGGCCGUCCGAGUCCACCCUCGACCUCUUCACCCGUAUCCGCUAA